AUGGGACAUCGACGUCUCUUACCGACAGAUCACAUGUGGCGAACGAGAAAAGCCUUGUUCAACGGUAAAGAAGAUCUUCGCAUGCCACCAACUAUGGUUGAAGGAGCGGAUCUUUUAACUCAACUACAAAUGCUUGGAGAUAUUCAUUUUGGAAAAUCUCGUAGGAAGAGAAAACGCACUGCGGAAGAGUUGAACUGGACAAAGAAAAGCAUCUUUUUCAAACUACCUUAUUGGUCAACUUUGCGGCUUAGACAUAAUCUAGAUGUUAUGUAUGUUGAGAAGAAUAUUUCUGAUAACAUAUUGGGCACUUUUAUGAACAUUCCCGGCAAGACAAAAGAUAACGCUAAUUCCCGGCGUGACUUAGAGAUCUUGGGCUUCAGAAAGGAAUUACAUUUGAAACGUGAAGGUGAACGUGUUACAAUGCCACAUGCAUCAUACACAUUACAUGGAGAUGAAAAGAAUAAAUUCUGUGAGUGGCUUGCUGAGGUUAAAUUUCCAGAUGGGUUCGCUGCCAAUAUCACGCAUUGUGUAUCUAUACUUGUACACUUACCCCGUGAGGCUAUUCUCAGAGGUCCAGUUCAAUAUCGGUGGAUGUACCCAUUUGAGAGGUAUCUGGGAAAAUUCAAGCAGUAUGUUAAGAAUAAAGCACUUCCAGAAGAUCGCAACAUUGAUAGUGUUGAAGAGGAGACUAUAGAUGGGUUCAAAAUUUUCAACCAGAAACUUCGUCCUUUGGGUAUGGCUAAUAAUGUGCAAUUAGAAGUUGAACUCCAUACAGCAGCGAUUUGGGAACACUACGACAAAUGUAGGGUGUCAAACCCAAAUUCUGUAGAUCGCAUGCACCAAACUGAGUUUCCAAUUUGGUUCAAGCAACGUGUUCUGGACCAGCGUAACAACAAUCCACUUGAGGUGUCUCAAGAUUUGUAUGCGUUAGCUUGCGGUCCUGACCGUUGGGUUGCAUCAUAUGCUGCCUGCAUUAUAAAUGGUAAACGGUUCCAUACGAAGUCUCGUGAAAUUCACCGGCGUUCACAAAAUUGUGGGGUAUUAGUAACUGGUGACCAAGCUACUGAUAAUGUAGACUUUUAUGGUGUUAUCAAUGAUGUUGUGGAGUUACACUACAUGGGAGGUCGUAGAGUAUACUUGUUCAGUUGUGAUUGGUUUGAUGUUGGUGAUAAGAAACGGGGGGUACGAGUUGACGAUCAUUUAACUAGUGUCAAUUUUAAUAGGACCUGGUAUAAGGACGAACCAUAUGUGUUGGCAUGCCAGGCUUCCCAGUGUUUUUACAUUAGGGAUAUAAGGGCGAAAGGGAACUGGUAUGUUGUGCAGAAGUACAAUAAUAGGAAUGUGUAUGACAUUCCUCCAGUGCAGAGGGUUUUAGAUAGUAAUGAUGGCGAAUCAAGUGACGAUGAUGCCUAUCAAGAGAAUGAGUCCCCAUAUGACUAUCCACUUUUGCAUUGUGAUGCAAGUCUAGUGUCAACUCCACUUAGUAGGAUUGAUAUAGAACCUACCCAUAUUGAUGCACGAGACCACAUGGAGCCGGGUGGUCCAUGUAGAAAUUCACCAGAUUUUAUUCAUGAUGGUAUGGUUCCAUCUGGUUCUGGAGAUGCUUAUGGUGAUUGGGAAGAUUCAGAUGAGGACCCAUCCACCGAGGAAGACUCUGACUCAGAAUAA